AUGGAUACAAAAAUCAGUAACUACAGUCCGUCCAUCAUGGCCAGUGGCCAUCAUCCCAUCAUCUCAUUCAGGGCCUUGUCUUGUUUAAGGCCAUCGGGCAAAGAGACGGUGAGAAAAUGCGACGAUGGUGGGCCAUUCUACCAUCCGAAAUUCAACUUCUCAGAUUUCGACGAGCCAGCAUCCCCAAGAGUGGGGUGUAUGGGCCAGAUCAAGAGAGACAAGGUGGGGUACACAGGCAGCAAGGGUCCCAAAUUCUUCAAGUUGAAGAAGAUCUUCUCAGGGAAGAAUCUGAGCCGUGGGAUAAGCGCGAAAUUCGACGGUGAUUAUGGAGUGAUCAGCAUCGUGGAGUUAGAUCCACCGUUGCCUGUCCCCAAGCGUGUGAUCAAGGAAUGUAACGCCGUUAGUCUCUGGAAGAGGCGAUGUGGGCAGCCGUUGGAGGGUCUCCAACUUCAUCCACAACAACAACCACAAUCACAACCACAACAACAGCCACAACCACAGCAACAAUAA